AUGGUGGAGCCGCAGUGCGUUGUUGCUUGUGGUGAGCGAAACUUUGAGCAGCUGGCGCCCGUUGCCAAACGACUCCGUUUGCCCGAUGGUGCAGUGGGGCAAGUCACAGAGGAUGGCGACAAGGAGCAGGAACCACAGGCUGACGAUGGUGAGGUGUCAGGUGAUGAAGUGCACAUGGACAAGGUUGGGUCGGACCAGGACGAAGAGGAUGAAAGGGACGAUGACAUGGACGAUGCCAUGCAGCCUUUGACCUUGGAUGCGCAAUUUUCCUCUGUGGCUCAUUUUGAGGCAGAGUUCCCUGCGUUCCCUGACAAAACACCUAUGCAUGAAGAGGUUCCCGAACCGGAGACUCAAGCGCUUUGUUCCCACGCUGAUGAUACUCUCAAAGAUUCUGUGCCCUCACCUUCCAAGGGAAUCGAGGUUGACCACGAAGACAAAUGUGUUUUGAUCGACGAUUCACCUGCAAAGGGUACCGAUUCAGAUGAUCUUGAACCUGAUGAAAUUGCCAUCCAAAUCCGUGAACUUCAGAAAGCCUUGGCCAAUGCCAAACGGGAGCAAAUGGCAAUGAUUUUUGGCAUUGUUAUCAACAGUGCUUUUGAUGAACAUUCUUUCACCUCAGCCAAGCAGGCCCUGGUGGAGAAGAGCCACCAGACCCCGGUCUUUGUCAUGGAGAGUUUGCCCUUUGGAUUAGAGGGCGAUGAGACACAACCGCUUGCCCCUCAAGAGCUCGAGCUUCUGGCUGGCAGCUUUGAAGCUGAAGAGAUUGAGGUCCCAUCAGCUCCUGUGGUGCUACGUCGCUCGCAGUUUGCCGUCAAGCUGCAAGAGGAAGUGGAACCCAAAGAUGGUGACACAACUGAUGCUGUCGAGCCUAAGAUGGAGGAAAGGGCCAACAAUGAGGCGCCUGAGAAGCUUCCAGCAGAUGUCGAGGCAAAGGCUGCUGAGACAAAAGGCGACCAAAAGCCUGAGGCAAAGCAGGAGGCCAAGGAUGCUCGGAAGCGAAAGGAGCAAAUGAUCGAAGACAAGUCGGGGGGCAGUGAUGUCAUUGACCCAGCCAGGAAAAGGAAGAGAACAGGAAAGAAGGAUGAUUCCAGCAAGAAGAAACAGGACCCCAGCAAGCCCAGUGAAGCACCCGGAGCUCCCAAGGAAGUUGCUGAGGCAAAGGUUGGGGAACCCGUUCCGGAAGCACCUAAGAGGAAGUUGGACAAGACCCAGGACAAGUUUUGGAAGUAUACCACCAAGCUCUGGGAGACCUCAAAGGUGGAUAAGGACAACAUGAACGACAUGGCCGGAAAAGCAGCCGCUGAGUACCUGGCAACUCUCACGGGAGGCAGUGCGAUGGACGAGCCUCUGCCCAGAAUCGUGGAGAUGCUUGGUCGUCCUGGCAUGGCUUUUCAGGACAGUGCUGCUGAUCUAUGCCGUCGCUGCAAUGGACGGAGCCUGGGUCUUGGAGCAGCCCAGGUCAUCGGCAUUGCCUUGGCAUCCGAGAAUCGGCCAAUUGUGGAGAUCUUUACCCAAGGUCUACCAAGCACUUUGGUGGAUGGGGCAUUAUGGGAGCUUGACGAUGAAGCGCAGCUUUUGCGAAUAAGCCAGGUGAUGCUGCUGCCGGUGGCAAAUGAGCAGCUGGCUUUCCAGAUGCUUGGCACACGCCGGGAGGGCUCUGAGUCUGAAGAGGAUGAUGAGAAGGAGGAACAGGCCGAGCAGGUCAACACUGCAGAAAAGGAGUAUGCAAAGUUUGGGACUUUCACUCAAUCCCUGCUGAACCGCAGCUCUAAGCUAUCGGAAUUGAUUGGGCAACUUGAGUCAGAACUUGGCGACAAAGGUCAAGACAGCUCUGAAGGAAAACGUGUGGCCAAGUCUGUGCAAGCCAUGGAGGAUGCCAUUGAAAUCCUCAAUGGCCAGUUUGCUGCCUGCGAGCUUGUCAAGCUGGAUGCGGCGGGGCUACGUGCAAAAGAGAUAGGGGAGUCUGAGAAGCAAUCGUUUCUUGGCUCUAUAGUGGAGCUUGGGCAAAACGAAACCUCCACUUCCAAUUAA